UUCGGUUAAAUAACGCCAGUGUGCUCUAUCGGAAUUUAUCCGAACCUCGACAUAUGGAAAUCAGCAUAGGGAGUAUUAAUUCUAUGGAAAUCGGCCACUAAAAAUAAACAAAAGAUAUUAAAGGCUUUUGACUUCUGACAUUCCUGUUAUAGAGGUUAAGUUGUAUGAGUGUUUGGCAUUGGUGUUUUGUUUGAAAAGGAAAAACUUUAAUUUAUUUAAAUAUAAGUUUUAUGAUAUGUUUUUAGACUUACUACAGAAGUAUUAAUAUAUUUUAAUUGAGUGAAAGUAUAUUUAUUUUCUGACAAAGGAUAUAUUAGCCAUGUCCGACCUACGAAAAUCAGUGUUGGGGCUACAUCAUAAGAAAGGAGCACCGACUAGUCUGGCCUCACACAAGCCAAAUUAUUCACCUGUAAAAUGGCAGGAGUACUUUGAAAAGGAAGAAUAUAUAACAACACCAUCUGGCCAGCACCACAUCUAUAGAAAAGGUUCUAAAGGGCCAAUUAUUUUUUGCUUACAUGGUGGUGGAUAUAAUGGUUUGACUUGGUCACUUUUUGCGAAAGAAAUAUAUGCCAAUAUUGAAUGCCAAAUCAUAGCUGUCGACUUUAGGGGCCAUGGGCAAACAAAAACAGACAAUGAUGAUGAUUUGUCUCUUGAAACACUCACAGAAGAUGUAAUAGUGGUUGCUAAUAUUCUUUGUGAACAAGAAAAUGCAACAAUGAUUCUCAUUGGCCACAGUAUGGGAGGAGCAAUAGCUGUUAAUGCUUCAUACAAAAUAAAUAAUUUAGUGGGGUUAUGUGUUAUUGAUGUUGUCGAAGGAACAGCUUUGGAUGCAUUGUCUUCUAUGCAAAGCAUUUUGAGAGGAAGGCCGUCACAUUUUAAAAGUAUCCCCCAUGCUAUACAGUGGUGUUUCAAAGGUGGCCAAUCGCACAAUUUAGAGGCAGCUCGAGUGUCAAUGCCAGGUCAGAUUGUAAAUAUGAAAACUGGUAAGUUGGCGUCUAGUGAAUGGAAAAAUUUUGAUAAAAUGGAUGGUACCAACUUGUCAAACCUCCACAGUUCUGAACUCAAGGCAUCUGAGUUUACAUUAACAGAGGUAGAUGAAGAUAAUGCAGAUAAUUCUAAAGAAUCAGACUCAAAAGUAGAAAGUAAACCACCACUGCCUCAAAGUAAAAAAUUCAAAAUUCCAAAGACUACAUCCGAUGAGGAUGAAGGGCCAAAAUAUACUUGGAGAAUUGAUCUAAGCAAAACUGAAGUCUAUUGGCACCAUUGGUUUCAAGGAUUGUCUGAAAAGUUUCUUGGUUCAAAAACACCAAAAGUAUUGAUAUUAGCAAAUAUUCAUGGUUUAGAUACCAAACUCACUGUUGGACAGAUGCAGGGUAAAUUUCAACUUCAAGUACUAGCGAAAACGGGACAUGCUGUUCAAGAAGAUCAACCUCAUCAGGUAGCUGAAAUACUUAGUAUUUAUCUUGUGAAACAAAAAUGUGCUGAAAUUAAGCCUGGAUUUACAAUGCCGCUGCAUCCAAAUACUUGCUGUUAGUCUUGACAAAAAUAAUGUGACCAGAGUCCGUUUCAAUUACUUUACUGCCACUAGACGAUAUCUCAUCUCUCUCUUCUUAGCCCAAAUACAUGAUUUGUUUCUCAGCUUUCAAGCAAUGAAGCCCGUAAGACCUUUAUCCCUACAAUUCUAGUAUUUCAUAUAUAGAAUUCAAUUAAAAUCAAAAAAAUAUCUAAUUUUGUUUCCCAUAAUUUUUUGUUAUCUGCUUUUUCUAUAAUGUGAUUGUAGUCUGCAGUUCAUGUUGUCCCCUGUAAACAAGCCUAUUGAAAAUUAAUAUUAAAAUAUAGGCCGAAUACCUAAGGUUAUUCUAGAAGUUGUUAUUUGCAUUUGAAACAUUGUGUCUUUGCCUAUAGUGGGAGAGAUGGUACUUCUAUUCUUAAAUUGUUAUUUUAGUUACUUAAAUAUUUAUUAACUUAUUUAAUAAUUAGUUUGUAUGUUAAUGUUUCAUAAGUUUUGUUGUCAACGUUUUUUAAAUUGAUAAAAAUAAAGUAUUUUGGAAAAA